AUGGACCUCACCAAAAUCAUCAGCUCAAUCCAUGAAGCCGCAGAAAUGCUCUCUAACCAGGCAGAGGUUGAACCUCAGCAGCGAGCGGCGCUGUUUCAGGCCUGCGAAAAGCUUUCUGCAAUUGUCGAGCAGCCGAGGUCAAGACUAGAAAAGGCAACUCAUGCUAUGACCCCGGUGGUAGCCACUCGUAUCGCUAUUGACAUGGGAAUUUUCGACUUUGUCCACAAUUCCCCAAAAGACGAAUUCGGGGCCCACGAAAUUGCAUCGCAAAUCAGAGGAGAUUCUUUGCUUGUUUCACGUAUUUUGCGAUUUUUGACAGCUUCCGGAAUUCUCAGUGUCACUCCAGGUGGAAAGUACAAACCAGAUCCUGUGGUGAAGGAUCUUGCCAAGGGGGGCUACCUGGAAAGUCGGAUUAUGAUGAACUUUGACAUCCACUCUCAAAUAUAUGCAAAACUACCUCAGAUCUUGAGGGAGACACAAUACUCAUCUCCUUCAAAUGCCUACGCAGGACCAUUUCAAUAUGUCAUGCGCACAGAGGAGCAUUAUUUCGACUGGUUAAAGUCGCAUCCGAUCCAACUCGAUGCCUUUAACCGUACAAUGCAGGCGGGUGUCGUACGUGACAAUACCGCGCGAUGGACCGCAAUAUUCCCCGUGUCACACCGGUUCCAGGAAUUCCAGUCUUCAAGCUCUUCCGGUGAUAAACGGCUUCAGUUCGUGGAUAUCGGGGGAGGAAUCGGUCACGAGAUCAAAAUUUUGCUCGAUACCAUUCCAUCUCUUCGGGGGCAAUUCAUCCUCCAAGAUUUACCCGAUGUCAUCCAAAGUAUGCUACCAGGCCUCAAAACAACUGCUGCCACGCAGACAGUGCAGGGUAUGUCAUAUAGCUUUUUCGAGCCACAGCCCGUCAUGGGGGCGGAUGUCUACUUCUUGGGUCGUGUUCUGCACGAUUGGCCAGAUGUCCAGGCGCGGAGCAUCCUGCUGCACAUUCGAGAUGCGAUGGAUGAGACAUCCAUGCUUCUUAUUCACGAGCGUGUGUUGCCGGACGGUCCUACAAGGGUUCACCUGUCGGACGCUAUUAUGGAUCUCAACAUGAUGAUCUUGUGUUCGUCGCUGGAGCGAACGGAGACGCAAUUUCGAGCUCUGCUCGAGUCUGUGGGACUGAAAUUGGUGAGAGUGUGGCGUCCAAAGAAUGCUGGUCUUCAGCAGCAAGCGGUGCUCGAGGCCAUCUGUGGGGAUUUUCCUGGUGAUGUUUGA